UCUCGCCUUCCAGCCAUGGUUUUAAAUCGCCGGCUAAGACAUUUAGCGGCAAGGCUACCAUUACGGUAUUUAGCGGGCUAUAGCCGGUAUUUAGCGGGCUAUAGCUGACUUUAGCGGGCUAAAUACUAUAGCGAUUGUCUUUCUUGGAAGCUAUAGCCGUCUAUAGCGAAAGCUAUAGCCGGGUAUUUAGAACCUUGCUUCCAGCUCCAGCAGUGAGAUGGAAACAAAGUCAACCAGAGCACCACCGCGAUUCCAUCCGCCACGGCCACGCAUGGAGCACCGCCCCAUCCACGGCUUCUACCUGUACAGCGACUACUACGCCGCCGGCGCGACGUCGUCCUCGUCCUCGUCCUCCGACUCGCUCCCGUUCGGCACGGGCUGCGGCGGCGACGAGGUGCCCGCGCCCGCCGUGUCCGGCUACGGGCGGCGCCGAGCUGAUGCUGCCGAGGUCUCGGCGGUGCCGACGGCUGCCGAGGCGGGGCAGGUGGCGCCGGACGGCAGCAGCAAGCAGCAGGCCGCCGGGGCGUUCAUCGGGGUGCGGAGGCGGCCGUGGGGCAGGUUCGCGGCGGAGAUCCGGGACUCCACGCGGAACGGCGCGCGGGUGUGGCUCGGCACCUUCGACAGCGCCGAGGCCGCCGCGAUGGCCUACGACCAGGCGGCGCUGUCCGCGCGGGGGCCCGGCGCCGCGCUCAACUUCCCCGUCGAGCGCGUGCAGGAGUCGCUCCGCGCGCUCGCGCUGGGUGGCGGCGGCGCCGGCGGCGCGGCGGGGUCGCCGGUGCUGGCGCUCAAGUCGCGGCACUCCAAGAGGAAGCGCCGGAAUAAGUCCGAGAUCGCGGCGGCUGCGGCGGCGGGGGCGAACGGCGCGGUGGCGGCGUCGGGCAGGAGCAGGAGCAGGAGCGCCGCGGCGGCGGCCGAGCAGCAGCGGUUCGUCGUGGAGCUGGAGGACCUCGGCGCCGACUACCUCGAGGAGCUCCUCAGGAUCUCCGAGAGCUAAGUGUGAUCGUCGCUUAAGUGGCUUUAUGAUGCCUGUGCAGAAUUCCAACUAUUCCAAGGUAGAUAGAUGGCUUCUUGGGGCCAAUGCAAUGCCCAAGCCUCUUGGAUGGUAUUUACGAUAUUGAGGGUCCUCAUUUCGAAAAUGUUGUGAUUUAGUGCAAAUUUGAACUAAAUCCCAAAACUUUUUGACAAAAAGACCUUCAAUCGGAACAAAAAAAGAGAAACGUGUGAGUUCACUUUGAGCACUUGAUGCUUGGAAUCCAAUGUGCACUCAGAUCGGUGCCUGCUAUUUUGCUACCAUACGCACAAACUUGUUGUACAGUACUACAGUAGCCACUUACUUACAAGUGGCAAGUGAGCAAUUUGAUGGCCCCUUUCUGAUGCAAACUCAUCAGGGGGGUUGCAUGUUCUGUGAA